AUGAGCCUAGAUUCAGUUUCUGGCUCCAGCUCCUUUGGUCUCUUCCAGAUGCAGUGCCCAGCCUAUAUGGCCAGUUAUGUUGGCUUCACGCAAAAUCCGGAGUCAAAGGCUGGGCGAGCGUUCAUUGGCCCUCAAAGAAGCCGGGCAAGCCAUGUCUGCAUGGGAAGGGAGAGCUUGCCAACCCAAUGGAUGACCCGUGAGGGCGACAUUUUGAGGAAACAUAGCCCAACCAAUGGACCACAGAUCUCGGAAUGCGGCCGCCAAGCGACAUCACUAGUUAUGAUCUUUGGUGGUCUUUUGUUGGUUACUGAUGAUCUGAAGGCAGUAGGAAGACCUCGGGGAGAAGAAGAAGAAGAAGAAGAAGAGCUUCUGGCAACAGUUAUUGAGUUCCCAAGAACGGAAGACGUGAAUAACAUCGUCCGUCACAAGAAUGGAGCUCAAGCCCCGAAUCGGCUCGAGUUCGGCCUGGUGCCCAUGUCCAGGCAGCAACCAAAGCCGAAGUCAGCAAAACGGGGGUGCAUCCCUGUCGUGAUUAUGAAAGGGAAGCCGGAGCCGGAGCCGAAGCGGAGGGUCCCUCAUCAGUUGAAUCAGGUGAUGGCGGCCAGGUCCACGGCCCGGGGAGGGGGAAGGGAGGGGAGGGGAGGGGAACCCCUAACCAACUUCCUUAUUGAGGAGCCAAUGACGAGUGUAGGGCUGAAGGAAUUGGGUAAACUAUGUAUACAGAUAAUGUCUAGGGACUAUUCGCAAGUCCUGGGUUACCAUCGAACAUGCCGUAAUGCCAAGCCACGGCGCUAUGCAAGCAUUGUCACUAGAAACCCCGUCGUCUCUUAUGCCGGAGUUGAGACGGGAGACAACUUGAUUUUACCGUUUGAUCUGAAUCUUGGCGGUGGCUCGAGUAGAGCUCCCUUUUGUAUUGGCGCGACUUUCAGAGCUCAGAGAGAAGAUGAAGAAGAAGGGCUGGCGAAGUUAUGCAAUGAAGUCAUGAACCCAGCAGCUGAAAGAAACCCCAAGAGUCCGUGGGUUGCUGAGGACCUUCAAGAGAUGGUGGCCUAG